AUGUUUAUUUUGAUUUUGGUGGCCUUUCUCAAUAUAUGCAAAGCUCAACUGAAAUGCAAAGACUCACAUAAUUUAACUGUUUAAAUGGAACUAAAAAUCUUAAUUCCCAACUAUAAUUGUUAUCUCAAUACUACUUAAGAAGUCUUGGUCAAUAUGACAUCAUAGAAUGCAAGUUUAGUUAUAACAGGAUAAAAACUUUAACUUAAUGAGAAUAUUUACUUUGAAGGAUUCAAUAGUGUUCAAUUUUAAGAGUUAGAAGUUAAUACAAAUACACAUUCAAUAAUUUCUGAUUCACAAAUCAUAUUAAAAAAGGUCACACUUUAGAAGCAUUGUCGUUUUAUAGGUUCAUUAAUCAUAAUUGAGAAUGUGACUAUUACUUAAAAUGUAUUUAGAAAUAGAUAAAUGUUUUCUUCACCUGUUAUGAUUAACGGGUUAUUCAUAAAGGAUACCUCAUUAUUUCAAAGUUCAAUCACAAAUCAAUACCUUGAACUUUAAAACCUUUUUUUAGAAUCAGUUCAUAUUAUUAAUUCAACUUUAGGAAGUGUAGAUUGUAUUAAUUAAAUUGUAAUAUCAAAUUCUUUUAUUGCAUCAAGUGAAUUUUUAAAAUGUAAUAUAAUUUAAGAGAUCAAAUUAUAUGAUUCAUUUAUAAUAUUAUCAUCCUUGAUAAGAGCAUCAGGUUGUGUCCAUAUUUCAGUUAGAAAUGUUUCACUCAGUAAAGCUACUUUAUUUAUAUUGGAUAAUGAAAAUUAAGUACAAAUGAAAAAUAUUAAUUUUUCAUUAAUAACCUCAGAUUCCUCAUUAAUUACUGUCAAUAGUCCAUAUAUUAAUAUAACUGAUAUGGUGAAUUAUUAAUUGAAAGUCUAAUCUAUCUUUUAAAUAAGUAGUACUGACAUGUAUAUUAAGAAUAUAACAUGUUAGGAAUUAGAUGGGAGUAUAUUAUUGUCAAAUUAAAGUUAAGAUUUAAUACUUCUAAUAAAUUAAUUUAAUUUGAUAGAGAGUACAUCUAGAAAAUUAUUUGACAUGAGUGGUUCAUUUUAAAUUAGGACUGGUAUAUUCAAAUCAAAUAAUUGUUCAUUAAUUAAUAGUAUAAUAAUUCAUGAAGUUUGGAUAGAUUCAGUAAUAUUUUAAGAUCUAAAUAAUCAAUUAAUAUUAUCAAUAUCUGAUUCUAAUACUCUUCAUUUAACAAAUUUAACAAUAAUAGCUUGUGAAUAAAUUAUAUUUGCUAAAUUUAAUACUAUUAUAAGUGUAACCUUAUAAAAUAUUAAAUUAAAUAAUUGUAAAGAAUGUAAUUUUAUAGUUUAAAAUCAAACAAACACAUUUAUGAAAGAUAUAAAUAUAUAAGAUAUCUAAAAUUUCUUUAGUACUUUAAUAUACUCAUAAAAUUCUAAUUUAGUAUUGAAAAGAUUAAAUUUAAAAAAUAUAUCAUCUAAUGCUCAAUAAAUAAUAACUAUAGUUGAAGGUGAAGUAAUUGAGUUAACAAAUUUAAUUAUCAAUAAUGUAGAAUGUUAAUUUUGUGAAGGUAUUAUUAAAAUUUCAAAUUUUCAUUCUGCACAAAUUUCUAAAUCAAAUUUCUCAAAUUUAUUAACAUUUUAAGGUACAUUAAGUAUUGAAAACACUAUAAAUUUUACAGCCAUAAAUAAUCAAUUUAUUAAUAUAACAGCUAUUGAUGGAACUAGUUUUUAUAUUUUUAAUUCCUCUAUAAAAAUAUUAUAAAAUGAUUUUAUCAAUUUAAUAGCAAAAUAAAAAGGAGGUGCUAUUUAUCAUAUUCAAGCAUAUAAUACAACAUAUUAUAUAGAAAAUAAUAGUGUAUCAAAUAUUACAUCUUCAAAAGGAUUAUUUACUUAUUUAGUUACUGAAUCCAUAACAGCUUUACAUACUGAUUUCUAUAUAGAUGGACCAGUAUUCUUUGAGAUCUUUAAUUAAACUUAUAGUCUUAAUAGUCUAAUAAGAAAAUAGAUUUUUUUAUCUUUUCAAAAUUUUAAAAGUGGAAAAGAAAUUAAUUUUAAUAUAAGUAUUUUGGAUAGUGACAAAGUUAGAUUAUGUAAAUUCUAAGAAAAUAUCUAUUUAAAUAAUUAUUCAUAUAAUUUUGAUUAAUACAGAUGUAAUUAUGAAAUAUCAUAUUUAUAUUAUUAAUAAGAACCCUAAGAUGAAUAACUUGCAAUAAUAAUUCUAUUGGAAUCAUUAAAAUUAUAUAAUAACAUACCAUUUUCUAUUUAAGUUUUACUUAAUUUUACUUAAUGUGAAAUAGGAGAAUAAUGGAUAAGAAAUUCAUGUUAAAGAUGUAUGUAUGGAACUUAUAGUUUUGAUUUCUAAGCACCCUGUUUAUAAUGUAUACCAUAGGCUCAUUCUUGUUCAGGUGGAGCUGAAAUAGAUAUAAAGCCAGGAUAUUGGAGACCACAUAAUCUAACUGAUAGUAUUGAAUAAUGCAAACCCUAAUUAUCACUAUGUUUGGGUGGUAUAAAUAAUUUUACUUGUGGGGAAGGAUAUUUAGGAGCCAUUUGUUAAGAUUGUGAUUAUUAUUCAAUAAGAUGGGAGAAAUAAUAUGCUAGAAGUCUUUCCAAUUAUUGUGUUGAAUGUCAAUUUAAUUUGAUAGAUCAAAUUAAACCAAUUUUAGCAUUUCUAUGGAUAUCAGUAAUAUUAAUCUAUUAAUUUUUUAGAGUGUCCUCUAUCUUUCUGUUUGUGGAGCCUUAAAGAUGGCUAGAGCUUAAUUGAUUGGACAUUAUCUUAGACUUAUUGGAUUACAUUUUGGUACUAGAUCAACAAUGACUAUAGAUCAAACAGAAGUGUUACUUAAAAUGAUAUCUACUUACUUUUAAUUGCUCUCUAUUUUAUUGGUUCUUAAUAUCAAGAUACCUCAACCAUUUCAAUUUUUAUCUCAAAUUAUUGGAAACCCUCUUUAAACUUUUGGAUUUUAAAUUGAAUGUUUACUAAUUAAAAUGUAAUUCUAAAUUGAAAUAGUGUAUCUCAAAUAAAUAUGGAACCUAAUUACAUCAAUUAUUUUUGUAUCUCUUUUUAUAUUCACAUAUUUCAUUCAAUCUCUUUGUAAACAUUUGGAAAACUCAAUUUAAACAAUAUUUAUUAAUAGUUUAAUUUAGGUUUUAUUUUAUUUCUAAGGUGAUUUAAUAGAAGGAUUGUUUGAAAUACUAUUUUGUCUCAAGGCAUCUGGAUAAUAUUAUAUAUAGGCAUCCACAUAAUAUAUUUGUUAUACUAAUGAACAUUAAAUUUAUAUAAGAGCCUACAUAAUUCCUGUAUUAUUAACAAUAGGAUUAUUUAAGCCUUUGUUUUAUUUCAUUAAACUUAAUAGAAACAAGAAUAAACUGUGGACAUGUUAAAUUAGAUUACCUUAUGGUUACCUAUUUAUAGAGUAUAAGAAUCAAUAUUAUUAUUGGGAAUUUGUACGAUUUAUUGUUAAAUCAAUGUUUUAUAUUCUUUCUACAUUACUUAUUUAAGAUUUCAAAUUAUUAUUUUUAUUUGUUAUAUUAGUAUUACUAUGUUAUUUAGAAUUACUCAAUAAAACUUAACCAUAUUUAGACCAUAAGUUCAAUGUUUUAGAUAAGGUUUCAACAUAAUUAGAAAUAGUCAGUUUAAUUUUAGCUUAUAUUUAAGAUGAUAAUAAUAAUUAAUACAUUGUGGAUAUUACAAAUAUUUUAAUAUCCAUCAUUAACUUGAUUUUCAUUCUUUAUUUUAUUUAUAAAAUAAUGAUUGAAUUGAGUUUAGAAUAUAAAAAGAAGAUAUAAGAAAAAUUAAUUACUAUGAUUGAAAGAUUUCCUUGGUUGGGUAAAUGUAUUAAGAAACCAGUUCCUUCUACAAUGCCAGCACGUAUUAAUUAUCUUUGGAAAAAGGCACGAUUACAUGUUUAUAAUUUUAUAUCUUAAAUUGGAAAUAAUACUUUAGAAACUAAAAGUCAAGCUUCAACUAUUUAACGUAGUUUUGAUAUCAAUCAACCUGGUUUGUUAAAUACUCUUAAACCAUAAUUAAUGAAAUACUUGUAACAUUUUUGUUAAAUUUUUAAGGUAAUAUCCGCAUUCUCAAUUACGAAAUUAAGGUUAAUAAUUAGAAGUUUCAUAGUAGUCUAGUGAAAAUGUUUCUAUAAAUUAGAGUUAGAUUUUGGAAAAACAUUAAUAAAUAAAUGAUUCUUCUCUUAUAUAGCAUAAGCAAGAAUAAUAAAAUAAAGAAGAAGAAUGUUCUUAAGUGCAAAGAUAAACAUCUAAUUAGAAUAUUAAGAAAUGCACAUCGUUUAUAAUUUAACCAAAAUUAAAAAUUAAAGUAAUAAAAAAACAAAGAAUUUGA